ACCACUAUCGUAAAAAUUACAAAAUAUAGAAUCAAAUAUAUACUACGCGUUAUAGAAUUUAUGCGUAUAUUUGAAUUAGAUGUAUUUAGACUUUUGAAUAAUCGUGUGUCAACAAUAAAUGAUAUUUAUGUAUGAUCUCUCGAAUGUAUGGCAUCGAGUUUGCAUGUACGAGUAAAAAUAAUAAAUGUAUAAUUUAGUACUCGAUUUAAAAAUAUUACGCGGGAAAUGUAACCAAUUGUGAUUACUUAGUGUGAAUAAUUUCUAAGUGAUUUAUAAUUGUACGAUUUUCUUAGUUAGAUCCGAGAAAAAAUUCCUGUUUUCUUUCUUUUUUUUUUUUUUGUUUUUUUUUCCAUCAUUUAUAUCUGUCAUCUUUCUUGAAUUUACACGAAAAAAGAAACAAAUGGCUCCAAAGUAAGGUUAUGUUCCAUUCACGAUUGGCAGCAUAACGAACGAAUUAAAUGUUUUUAAACAUCGUAUUUAAUAUUUUUAUAUUAUCUUAUCUUCCUACGACAGAUAUUGAGUAAACAAAAAGAUAAUAUUUAUAUGAAAGUAUAUCUUAUACGAUAUAUAUAUAUAUAUAUAUAUACAUAUAUAAAUAUAUUAUACAAUAUUAAAAAUAAGAGAAAGAAGAAAAUCAUGAGAUUUUAAGAGUUAAAAUUGAUAUUUUCAAAAUGAUUAUUAAAUUCGAAAAAGUAAUAAAUUGUUCCUCGGAACAUCCGUCUUAUCCCGCUACUAAUUUAUUGGAUCAUCGUAAAAAUACAUCAUGGAGAUGCGCUAAGCCUGGAGAGAUGUUAGCAACUGUUAUUUUUCAAUUGACUGAACCUUCUAUAAUAACGGGUGUUGAUAUUGGUAAUUAUCGUUCUUGCAUUGUUAUUGUCACUGCAUCAACGUCAUUAGAACCUGACACCUGGAUACCUAUCGUACAACAUCAGUUUAUGACAAACGACGAGGCUGCUAAUGGUAAAUUUAAAGAUCAAGUUCAAUUAUUUGCAAAAAGAGAUUUAAAUCCUGAUAUAUUGAAAAUAAAAUUUGAUCGGAUUAAAAUUACAUGUAUGCAGUCUGCAAACUUAAAGGAAUUGUUUGGUCUAAUGUUCUUCAUAGCAAAGACAGAAGUAUCAGUGGAUUUAGGUCUUGAUGUUUUUGGUCGUUUUAAAUUAAAACAAAAAGAUGAAAAUAAUGAGAAACCAGAGAUAGACGAAUUUAAAGAGAAAUAUCUCAAGAUGAUAGCCAAUAAGAGAACAAAAGCAGAUCCUAAAAGUGAUUUACUUAAGAAGGUAAAAGAAAGUGGUAUGUCAGCUUUUACUAAACGCCAAGAAGAUGAGAAGGAACCAAUGAGAAGGCCCUUGUUAGAAAAAUUGGAAGCCGGCAAAAGUGAUGAAGUAUUUGGAAAUCAAAACAAAGUUCCUAAUAAUAAUGUAAAUAAAAAUACAUUGGCUACUGAUAUAGCAAUAGCUAAUGCUACAGGAAUAAAGGAUAAACAAAAUGAAAAUGUCAAGCGUACUCCAUUUGGUGAUAUUGUACCAUCUCCGAUUCAAAAGAAAGAUAAAAAUCAUUUAAAAAAUGAUAAUUAUAAUAACGUUGAGUCAAGAAAACGUUCUUUGACUAUUGAGGAAAAAGAUGAAAAUAAAAAAAUUAAAAAAGAAUGUCCAAAAUGUUGUAAAGAAUCAGAAGACAGGACGUGUUCAACGUGUGGACGUUUGCCACAGCCUAAACCACUUACUUCUCCCAUUAAUGUUAAAAAGAAUAAAUCAAAGAAAUUAUUUUCACAACUCUUUCAAGAUAUUAGCUUUUCUCUUAGCGGAUAUGUUAAUCCACAAAGAGAUGAAGUCAGAAGGAAAGCACUUAAAAUGGGUGCCAGAUAUAUUGCUAAUCCAGAUACUUCUAAUAAUGUAUGUACUCAUUUGAUUUGUGCCUUUAAGAAUACACCAAAAUAUCAACAAUUAAAGAAUCAUUGUAAAAUUGUAUCGCAUACAUUCAUUGAAGAUUGUUAUAAUGAGAGAAAAAGAUUGCCAUGGAGGAGAUAUGCCUUGGAUAACAAAGAAAAAAAGAAAGCUGAAAGUGAAGAUGAAAUUGAAGCUGAUGUAUCUCGCGAAGGGACACCUAAUCCAUUCGAAGAAGAUACAGAUUCUGAGACCUAUUAUUAAUUUAACAAAAUAAAUAAUCUCUCUUUUUUUUUUUUUUUUUUUUUUUAUAAAAAGAUAUUCAUAGAAAGAACAAUAGUUCAUCUUAUUACAUUGUUAUAUACAUAGAAAACUUGUUUUCCUUUUGUCUUUUUUUUUUUUUUUUUCUUUUUUAUAUAUAAAGAAAAUAACUGUACAUUCUUAUUCUAUUUACAAAGUUAUUUUGUCAUUUAUUGGAAAUAAUAAAAUUUUGUAUUUCAUACUAUAUGUAUAUGCUUUCUCAACUUUUGUUGAUUAUGUUAUUAUACAUUUUCGUGGAAAAAAAUUUAUAUAAUCAAAUGAUUGUCGAAUAAUUAAAAUAUAUAUAUGUGUGUGUGUGUGUGUGUGUACAUAAUAGAUACAUUUAAAUGCUUGAUGUUUUUGAUCGAUUAUGAAGAUGUCAUUACCAAGCAUUUAAAUUAAUAACACUUUUGUACACAGAGUGUAUUAUACGUAUAUAUGUGUAUAAACAAGUUUAUAAUUUUAUAUGAUAUAAAGUAAUUAAACGAAUGAAAUAAUUAUUAUAAGUAUCACGAUGUUCGUACGUCCAAGUUACGUGAUAGACUAAUUUAUCAUUCAUGAGAAUAAAUUGUUCACCUCUAA